GAAAAACCAACCUAGAGAAACACCUGAACCCCCAGGAGGGCCAAAACGCCCCCACCCAGAGGAGGGAUUUUUCGGUGUACCCGGAGAGUCCCGGCCAACUCUAAUCACUUAACCAAAUGUCCUCUCCCUCAAAUCCCCAAUGCUAAAACCUCCUCUCUCUCUCUCUCUCGAUUUUAUCCAAGCCUUCUGUUAAUUUGAUUUGAUUAGAGGGAAUGUACGAUUCAUUGAUGGUGUUUGCGUUUCUGGGCUUUUGCUUUUGCACACGGGCAUUGAAGCUCCUCUCGGGUGGGUGCCUAAAACCUUCGAUUUCAGCAAAUGGGUAUGUUCCAGUUUCUGAAAAUUUGAACAAUAUAUGAUAAAGUCUGCAAUUUCUGGUUCUUUUGGGCGUUCAUAUUUCUGGGUUCUUCGAAUUUUGAAUUGGGUUUUCGAUUCAUAAUGGUUUGUGUAGAAUGCCGAUGUCGAUGGAUGGGUGUGCAUUAAUCUUGGGAAAGUCCUGAAACAUGCUCUCUCUGCGAACCAGUCGCAGAUUCUGUAAUACCGCCAUUGCCACAACCUCGAAUGAUUUCCCUGCAGCCGUGUCCAAUCGAGUCUUGAAUACGAAACCAUUAGAAGAGCCUGCCCUGGUUAAGCUUAAAGCCGAGAGAGACCCCGAAAAACUGUUUCAUUUGUUUAAGGCGAACGCGCACAAUAGACUUGUCAUUGAGAACCGCUUUGCAUUUGAAGACACUGUGUCUCGUCUUGCUGGAGCUUGCCGGUUUGAUUACAUUGAACAUUUGCUUGAGCAUCAGAAGAGUCUUCCACAAGGUCGGCGGGAAGGGUUUAUUAUGAGGAUUAUAACGUUGUAUGGUAAGGCUGGGAUGACGAAGCAUGCUAUUGAUAGUUUUUGUGAUAUGCAUUUGUAUGGUUGUUCUAGGACUGUUAAAUCUUUCAAUGCUGCACUCAAGGUUCUGACUCAAACCCGUGAUUUAGGAGCUGUUGAGGCAUUUCUGAGGGAGAUUCCAGAGAAGUUUGACAUUGAAGUGGAUAUAUAUUCGGUGAAUAUUGUUAUCAAGGCUUUUUGCGAAAUGGGUAUUUUGGUUAAAGCAUAUCUGAUCAUGGUACAUAUGGAGAAGUUGGGAAUAAAACCAGACGUCUUUACAUACACAACACUGAUGUCAGCAUUUUACAAGGACAACCGGUGGGAAAUUGGUAAUGGUUUAUGGAAUCUUAUGAUACUGAAGGGGUGUUUGCCUAAUCUUGCGACUUUCAAUGUUAGAAUCCAGUUUCUGGUACAUAGGAGACGAGCCUGGGAAGCUAAUAGAUUGAUGGGUUUGAUGCAGAAUAUUGAGAUGACACCUGAUGAGGUUACAUAUAAUUUGGUCAUCAAAGGUUUUUGUCAGGCAGGGUAUCUUGAAAUGGCCAAAAGGGUGUAUUCUGCUUUACAUGCAAAGGGAUACAACCCUAAUGUCAAAAUAUAUCAGACUAUGAUUCAUUAUCUUUGUAAAGGAGGGGAUUUUGAUUUGGCGUAUACUAUGUGUAAAGAUUGCAUGCAAAAGAAUUGGUUUCCGAAUGUGGAUACCAUUCAUACAUUGCUUGAAGGCCUAAAGAAGGCAAACCAGCUUGGUAAGGCUAAGGCAAUCAUGAUGUUGGUUCAAAAAAGAGUGCCUCCAUUUUCAUCAAAACAAUUGGGUGCUUUGCAAACCAUACUGACCAAGAGUUGAAAUAAGAUGAAGGACUAGAAAACUGAAAUGCGGUUGAUUAUGUAACUGCACGGCUCAACAAGGGGCCAAGGGCUAGUGUUCUUUUUCACCUACUCAUUUGUAAAUCUGCAGAGCAAUUGACAUGAAUUUUGUUUAUUUAUACAAAAAGGCCAUCCUGGUUCCUCAAUAAUUUGUAUUGCCACCUCAGUUGAAUGGAGCUUUGAACGGGACAGCUGUCGCCCAAAAUUGUUGUAAGUUCAUUGUUCAUUGUGCAAUUGUUCUCCUAUAAUGCUGCAGUUAGCCCUUUUUGCAAAUUCUUGGGUAAUUAGCUUCUAUGAUUUUGAUUGUUUAUACAAUGCUUGCACGGGUAAUUUGGAUUAUUUAAAUUUUGGAAGAAAUAAGUACUUUAAUAAUUAAAAUUACUUAUAUCAUCAGAUGCCGUAGAUUAUAAUUGAGGCCUUAUAACUUAUGCAGCUUCGAAGUAACACAUAAGGAUAUAAGAUUGCCGUGAAUAAUUUAUUUAGUUAUGUGCUUAACAUUAGUAUCAUAACUAGAAUUUUUGGUGGUUUGAACUACUAGCCUCUGGAAAAUUUUAAAUGUUGUUCUUAUGUCCCAAACUUGCCACAUCUUCUCGGCCAUUUUCUCAAGCUCUUAAUUAACGGCAAGAUCAGAAACAUAUAGGGUUUAUAGAUAAUCCAGCUUCUCAUUCUCAUGCCAUCUGUACCGAUAGGUAAUAGGGUAAUAGGUAUGUGAUUCAUGUAUAUGAUAAUCAUACACUAAUGAAAAAAUGCUAGAUCAAAUGUUGCUUAGCCAUUUAUGGACAUCCGCAUACUGAUUUAAAUGUUGUGUAUGUUUACGUUGAAAUAAAUCUGCAUAUCCUUGUUAGCAAUUUCGAUGCGUGGUUUUCAUAGUGUGAGUUCACCUUACAGCUAGUGUUUGCCUUUAUGUGUUUCUUUUCUUUUCUUGGACCGAUAGCGUUUGGCUUAACUUGAGUACAACAUGUUUGCAAUACCGAUAUUUCCCUAAGCCCUCUUGGUCCUGUAUAUAUUUCUUGUUAGAUGGAACGAAACCUGGACUGUGACAAGGUCUAGAUUCAAUUCCAGGAUAAGAUAUGAAGAAAAUAUAUUUUGAUUCAGUUUCAGUAAUUACUUAAAAUUUAGUUGAUGUGUAGGGUAUUCUAAGAUUUGUAAAACAAAGAAAUGUAAUAGGGAGUGAUUUUGUUUAAGCCCUAAGUUUACUCUCUAAAGCACUAUUUUCGAAACAGAGUUUGAAAUGUGAUUUUACCCUUUUAAAAUAAUUAACACAAAUGUGAACAAAAACCCUUUUUUGUCUUCCUUCCCUGCUGUAGAAGGUCAUUGCCAUGUACGGAUCUGGCACCUGGACAUCACCCCAAAACAUUUAAAGAUCAAUUGAAAUUCCGAUUUUUGUGAUAUACGGUGAAUCUCAACCCAAGAGUGCUUUGUUAAUCUCAUAACGCUUGGGUGGAAGAAUUCCAAUCAUCUUCUACCCUGCCCCUCGAGGUGCAUCACAGUUCCUUGGGUUAUUCAGCAGCGAAGUGAUUGGGAGAUGAGUUUUUCAUAUUCUGGGUAGAGUGAGUCUUCGCAGGAGGCAAGGCAGGCUGGGAGUCGAUUCAUUACACUUGAUUUAGUGCAUUCAGAGGGGAAAAGAUAGAAGUUGAAAGUCUAAAGAAGGUGAGGAGUUGCUGCAUCAUGAGUCAGAGCUUGUCCUUCAUAAGUUAUUAUGCGCAUACGCAGCUUCUCAUGAAAUCACAGAUCUUUCGUCGGAGAAUAUUGUUUGAUUGUACUGCAGUUUCAGAUAGUUUGAACAUUAAACUCCCUCCGACAGGUGAGAGUGCGCUGCUAUUGACUGCUCCCUAUUCUUAUAAAUUCUAGCGCUUGGUCUGGAAGUUGAGUAGAAAUUUGAUAACUACUCUCCGAUGUAACACGGGCUGCACCCCGUUUCUUUAGUGCCAUUCAAUUCAAUUCAAUUCAAUUGUUCUAAAAAAACUACUGAUAUCCGACUAUUGAGAACGUGAUACGAAAACAUUAUUUUCAUUGGAGACAAUUUAUACAUCUGAGCUUUUUCUUCA